AUGGGUCUUGGGGAAGCAGAAAGGAAGAACAAGUUGAAAGGCACAAAAAAAGACCCUUUUCUCUCAAAAAAACAAAAACCCUCAGUUUGUUCAUCUCUAUACAUCAAAGCAAAGCAAAGCAAAAGGAAAGAUCAAGAAGAUCAACAAGGAAAUUGUUCUGAAGCUAUAAAUAGUCUUCAACAGUGUAUUCAAGAACAACUACUACUUCAACAUUAUCAACAAUCAAAUCAAGAAAAUAUGCAGCCACAAAGCUUCAAUAUCAAUCCGGUUCAUUUCCCAAGCAACUCAGAAAUGUCUCAAAUUCUACCUUGGACUCUCCCACCGGUUCAACCUUUCAACCCGGUUCACCACCAUGUCGACCCUUUUCUUCUCCCACCAGCACCAUCACCUUACGGCGGUUUAUUCAACAGAAGAGUACCACAAUUUGGUUACGAAGGUACAACUUCAUCAGACCAUCACCUCCGGUUUAUUUCGGAUACUUUAGGUCAUGUGGUUCAUCAUCAACCGGCCGGUUCAGCUCCUUUUGGUUUACAAGCUGAACUUCAAAAAAUGACCGCUCAAGAAAUUAUGGAUGCUAAAGCUCUUGCUGCUUCAAAAAGUCAUAGUGAAGCUGAAAGGAGACGUAGAGAAAGAAUCAAUAAUCAUCUUGCUAAAUUGCGAAGCCUUCUUCCCAAUACUACAAAAACGGACAAAGCUUCAUUGCUAGCUGAGGUGAUACAACAUGUGAAAGAGCUGAAAAGACAAACUUCUUUAAUAGCAGAAACAAGUCCAGUUCCAACAGAGAUAGAUGAAUUAACAGUGGAUACUGCAUCUGAUGAAUUCGAAGAUGGUAAGUUUGUGAUAAAAGCUUCACUCUGCUGUGAAGACAGGUCCGAUCUUUUACCUGAUUUAAUCAAGACAUUAAAAGCACUAAGGUUAAAAACAUUAAAAGCUGAAAUUACAACACUUGGUGGACGUGUGAGAAAUGUUUUGUUCAUAACUGGAGAUCAUAAUUAUAAUCAAGAAGAUGAUUUGAGUACAAGUGAUGAUCUUGAUCAGCAGCAACAACAACCACAAUACUCUAUUAGUUCAAUACAAGAAGCACUUAAAGCAGUUAUGGAGAAAUCAAAUGGUGAUGAUUCUGCUUCUGGAAGUGUUAAGAGACAAAGAACUAAUAACAUCAACAUCCUUAGUUAAUACUACUAGCCUUUUACUACUCUUCUUUUUUCUUCUUUAUUUUGGGGUGGUGUUUUUAUUUUUUUUUGGGGUGUGGUCUUCUGUUUUUUUGACCUCUUAGAACAAUAUAAUAUAGAGGGUUUGUGAUGCUUGGUGUUCUGGUUUAGUGGUAAGAUCGCAACUUCUGUUGUGUUGGUGAGGCACACGUCAAAGAUUUUCGAACUCACUCGUCUACAGAAGCCUGGUAUAUUAUUCACUGGAUUUUGAACCGUGUGCUACUAGCCCUCGAAAAUUUCUCGAUUAUAAAAAUAUGUAGAGGGUUUGUGAUAUUUCUUUUUUUUUUUUUUUUUAGGGGGGGGGGGGGGGGGGUUCCAAAAGUGUCACUAUCAGGUGUCUCAUGUCAUGUUCAUCAACAGUUCAACUCAAGCAAGAAAACCUUGAGAAAGAGAAGGAUGGGAAGAAAGAACAAAAUAGAAUAUAUAGAGGGAAAGGAUCUUUUUCGUGAAGAGAGUAACCUUAUAAGAAAACCUAACAUAGAAAUGGUGAAGUUUUUGAUUACGUUGGAUGAUCCAUUCUAGGGUGCAAAAACAUGCAGUUUUGUCUUUUGUUCCCUACUGAAAUUUCCUUGUCUCCUUCUCUAUUCUCUCUCUUGUCUUCUCUCUCUUCAUUCGUCAGAAUUAAUGCAUGGUGACGAUAAGGUUUUUGAAUCAUAUUAUGGAACAGAAAAUUCUUCCAAUGCUGUUUUGAGAAGAAUUUAGAAUCACGAGAGAGGAUGUGGAAUGGGGUGUUUUUUUUUGGGGGAAAGGGAAGAAUUGUACAUAUUUAUUUACUAGUUAGUGUUGUGCUUCUUUAGAUGCCUACUUUUUCUUCACAGGGCAUGCAAUAUAUAUCUCCCCUUUCCUUUUUUUCUUUUUAAUUAUGGGUGUUGUUAUAUUCGUUUUUUUUAUUUUACUUUUGGGGUGUCAUGUAACAAGGUGAUGGGAAAAUUAUCAAAUGAAAUUGUAUCUUUAUCUUUUUUUCA